UCCCACCCCCCCGCCCGUGGUGGGUACCUAACCACUGUAGUGCAAAUCUCAAAAAGGAGGGAAACUCAAACCCUAACAUCUCAGAUCCACAGCAGCAGAGCUCAGUGUCUGUCUGUUUGUCUUUCCAUUUCUUUCCUCCCUUUUUAAUCCAUGGUAUUAAGUAACAUCUAAUCACAACUAGUUUGUUCUUCUUUUCCCACAUCUUAUACUUCUAAACCAAGCUCCUUUCCCUUGCAUGCUAUGGCCACCUUUCUUCGAAAUGUUUCAUCUCUUAAACGUUCUCUCUUCGCUCCACAGGUUUGUAGGGGAGGGGUGUUAAGGUCAUCUUCUCAGCUGUGUAACUUUUCUUCUAAAGGUAGAAGGAAAUCCAAGUCAGAUUCAAGUGAUUCGUGCGAUGAGAAUAUGCUCAAGAAAGAUUUAGCUCUAAAACUUGCCUUGGAUCAGAUUACGAGUUCUUUUGGAAAAGGAUCUAUCAUGUGGCUUGGUCGUGCUAUGUCUCCUCGAAAUGUUCCAGUAGUUUCCACUGGUUCUUUUGCUCUGGACAUAGCACUUGGAAUCGGUGGCCUUCCAAAGGGCCGUGUGAUAGAGAUAUUUGGACCAGAGGCUUCUGGGAAAACAACACUUGCUUUACAUGUAAUUGCUGAAGCACAAAAGCAAGGAGGUUAUUGUGCUUUUGUUGAUGCUGAGCAUGCUCUUGAUCCUGCCCUGGCUGAGACAAUUGGGGUGUACACUGAGAAUUUGCUCCUUUCGCAACCAGAUUGUGGAGAACAAGCUCUCAGUCUUGUGGACACCCUUAUUCGUAGUGGAUCAGUUGAUGUUGUAGUUGUUGACAGCGUAGCUGCCCUUGUGCCUAAAGGCGAGCUUGAUGGCGAGAUGGGUGAUGCUCAUAUGGCAAUGCAGGCUAGACUGAUGAGCCAAGCUCUUCGUAAAAUAUGCCAUUCCUUAUCAUUGUCUCAAACCAUAUUGAUUUUAAUAAAUCAGGUGAGGUCAAAACUUUCGACAUUUGGAUUUGGUGGGCCAACCGAAGUUACCUGCGGUGGUAAUGCCUUGAAGUUUUAUGCUUCAGUGCGUCUAAAUAUAAGGAGAACAGGGCUUGUCAAGAAAGGAGAAGAGACUAUUGGAAGUCAAGUUCUUGUGAAGGUUGUGAAGAACAAGCUUGCCCCUCCAUUUAAGAAUGCUGAAUUUGAGCUUGAGUUUGGCAAGGGAAUAUCCCGGGAAGGGGAGAUCAUAGAUUUGGCAACGAAACACAAACUUGUUACAAGGUCUGGUGCAUUCUACAGUUUCAACGACAGGAAACUCCAUGGCAAGGAAGCCUUCAGAAGGUUUUUGGCUGAUAAUGGAAGUGCUCUUGAAGAACUUGUGAUGAAACUUAGAGAAAAGCUACUUGAUGCUGAGAGCAAGAAGGAACGACAAAUAGAUAUCUCGGAUGAGAAUACUUCAGAAGAACCAGUUCCAAUUGAAACUAAUGAUGAAGAAACUGUUAUCGCCAUUGAAGCUUAAGUGUGCUUAGAUUUGAACUGCCAUUGGAUAAAUAGUAGAUAUUUCAGAGGAUACAAUGAUGGAAGGAUUUGGAGGUCCUCUAAUCCAUAGCCACAUUUGAACCCUUGUUAAGGUCGACAUUAGGGGCUUGGAUUGACAGCAUUGUAGCUCGAGUUUAUUGGCCGUGUUUGUGCAUGUGGGGGUAAUUGUGGCGUUGGAAAGUUUUGUGUAUUCAAUGGAUGGGAGAGUACAGGAUCUUGUUUCAAAUUUCAAGGGGCAUCCGACUGUCUUCCUCUCACAUUGUCCUAUUUCCAGCCAUAUUUACCAUGUUAACGAGGGAGCAAUUUAUAUUUGAAAAAUUGCAUUGUAUAACUUAGAUUCUUAUUUAAAUUCUGAGAAAAUUUUCUGCUA